AUUCGAUUAAAUGCGUGUCGAUCAAUUAAUCGAUGAUCGAUUAAAAAUUCACACCUCUACUAUGCGCGUUUGUAGCACGUGAUGUUGAAACAUCGUUUUCUACUGGCUCUUCACUUGUACUUGGUCUUGCAGUUGCCGGAUUGAUAUGUGGGGAUAGCGUCGGCGGAUUGGCAUCUGGAAUAUCUGGAGGCAAUUCUUGUUGAUGCAUGGUUACCUAAAAAGAAUACGUCCCAAAACAGUAUGCUGGUGUCCAUAUCUUCCAAGAGAGAGAAUUGAUGUACAUACAACAGUUCACAUUAUACAGCAUCCUUUUGAGGUUUCCCGUUGCCUUCAGACCGCUCGUAUUCUUGAACAUGGACUUGCUCCUGGCAAAUGUACAGUAUAUGUGGGGAAAAGAAUUUCAUAUAAAAAGCAUCCUAGGUUAGAGACCCUCUUGAAAUCCCCAGAAACACUUCUUUUAUACCCAGGCCCAAAGGCAGUUGACAUAGCAACCAUGCCACAGGACAGGAAGUACAACAUAGUUCUGCUGGAUGGCACCUGGCCACAAGCAGGUGGGAUCUACCAUCAGAAUACUAUGUUACAUUGCUUAAAACAGGUAAAACUAUGCAACACUGGGACUAGUAAAUAUGUGAUACGGACCCAACCCAGUGAUGGCUGUUUAUCAACUUUAGAGACUGCAGUCACUGCUAUAGCAAUAUUGGAGAACAGGCCUGAUAUUAUAGAGCCUUUAACGAGGCCAAUGUCAGCUUUGUGUGACUUUCAAAUGGAACAUGGAGCUGUAAUGCACCACAGCAAGCAGUACCUCAUUGACAAUGGUCUCUAUAAGAAACAAAAUUCAACAGGGGAUAAUCAAAAAUCAGUAAAUGACUCCAACAAAAGGGAAAAUGAACAGAAUAAUCAUCUGAAGGAACCGAUUGAAAUUGAUGAUGAAAAUAGUUUACGUGAUAAUUUUUAGUAUAGAAUAGGAAUAUGCUCAUGUUUAUUAUCGAGUAGGAAUGGCCACAUCAGACACAUCUUCAUAGACAUUUGCUGCAUUGAUUCAAAAUUAAAUUAUGAAUCAAUUUUGGGGUUUCAGUUCAGAAACCUUACGGCUGUUCAAUUUAUUUCUCUUACAACAGGAGUUUUAUUUCUCAAUUGAAAAACUUAUAUUGUUUGUUUACUGUAUCCACUUAAUAUUUCAGCAAAUAUAAUUACUCAUCAAAUUCAAUUCAACAAACAUCAAACUUAAUUUUAAAGCUCUGUUCAUCCAUGGGCAUGUCAUUUAAGAUCAUUUAGGAGAGGGUGUUUGCUCAUUAUUAGUAAAUUAGAUGGGUCCAGGACUCACAUGUUAAAUUCACCAAAUUGUUUUUAUUUUCAAUAAAAUGUUGUACAUAAAUGUCACUGCACAUGCUAAGGAACAUUAUAUAAAAUAAAUGUUUACACGUUAAAAAU